AUGGUGAAUCUUGCGAACACUAUAGAGGCGAAUGCUGCUGGGACUCUACAAGCUGUGCAGAGGUUAGGCCAACCUAUUGGAAAUGGAAACAGAGACAAAAAUGGGAAUGAUAAUGCGGAAGGAAAUGGUGAUAACAUGGGAGGUGCUCCGAUGACCUUGGCUACUUUUCUCAAGCAUGUUCUGAACAACCAGUAUGUAGAGUUUGCUGCGUAUAAGCUUUUGGGAGAGGCUCAAGAUUGGUGGCAAGGAGAAUGCCGCUUGCUACAGCUUCAGAAUGCCAAUAUCCCUUGGGAUGUAUUCCAAACGGCUUUCUAUAAGAAGUACUUUCCUGAAUCUGCAAGGGAAGCAAAAGAGAUGAAACUAAUGCAGUUGAAGGAAGGUUCCUUGUCUGUGGCGGACUAUACUAGCCGAUUUGAGGAGCUUUAUAGGUUCUCUAGGGUGUGUCAGAGUACCUCGGAGACCUAUGAUAGUUGGAAAUGCAUUAAGUAUCAAAGGAGCUUGAAGGAUAACAUUAUGACUGCUGUGGCUCCUUUGGAGAUUCGGAUCUUCUCCAAUCUUGUGAACAAGGAGAGAGUCAUUAAAGAAUAUGCAAAGAUAGUAGCCUCAUCAAGGGACACUCAUAGAGGAAACAAUAGUCGUGGACGUGGCAAGUACUUUCAGCCAAGGGGUGGUUGCUUUAACUGUGGUUUGCCUGGUCAUAUUGCAAGGGAUUGCACUCGUGGGAAGAACCCAAAUGUAGGUCAGAGUCAACACCAAAGGCGAGUAUAUGAUGUGAAUGCCAAGGAUGCUACUAAGGUGAAUCCUCUAAUGAGACGUAACUGUUUAAUUGGUGAUAAAACCUUAGUUGCAUUAUAUGAUACUGGAGCUUCUCAUUCAUUUAUUUUAUUUGACAAAGUUGAGGAGCUAGGCUUGAAAGUGUCGGAAUUAGCAUUUGAAUUGCAUGUACAUACUCCGCAUCAGACGGUUAUGACUUGGUCAGGUUGUAGGCAAGUAGGUUUCAAGCUUGAGGGUAGAGACUUCGUGCAUGACUUGAUUUGCUUACCAAUGGUUGGGUUGGAGAUGAUUUUAGGGUUUGAUUGGUUGUCAAAGAACCGAGUUUUAUUGGAUUGCUUUGAGCGGUCAAUUCAGUUUAUGCCGAAAGGAGAAAAUGGAGCAGUGAUAGCUAAGGGUUAUUACCUGAACUCUGUAAUAGUGCACUGUAGUGGGGAAGAGUAUCAGGGUUAUAUACUGUUGACUGCGAAUACGUUAGGUGAUAAUCAGAAGUUAGAUCAAAUCUCGAUAGUUAGAGAAUUUCCAAAAGUGUUUUCGGAAGUGUUUCCGGAAGAUAUUCUUGAGUUCCCACCCCAAAGGGAGAUUGAUUUUGCGAUUGAAUUGGUGUCAGGAGCCGGACCAGUGUCGAUUGUGCCGUAUAGGAUGGCUCUGAUAGAGCUGGCAGAAUUAAAGACUCAGUUGGAAGAGUGGUGUAUGAAAUUGUGA